CCUGGCUGUGCUCAUCACAGCCCCUGUGCUCACGCUGGCAGGAAGCUCCCAGGCAAGGCAGGCAUCGAUGAGGUGAUGGCAGCUGCGGUGCUCACCAGCCUUUCCAGCAGCCCACUGGGGUUCGGCCACCCCCCAGCACCUCCUGGCCCAGAGCUUGGCAGUGAGAUCUGGAAGGAGACACCAACCGUGUCCUUUAGCUGCAGCAGCAGCAGCAACACCAGCAGGGAAUGGAGCUGGGACCCCCCCAGCGACCGCUCCACUCCCUCCACCCCCUCACCCCCACUCUCCAGCCAUGACCCCAGUGCCUUUUUGCCCACCUUGCCACCAGACGAUGGCCCCGAGGAACCUGACAGCACCCACUUCGUGUUUGGAGAGCCCAUCCCGCGGAAGAGGAAGAACUCCACCAAGGUGAUGUUCAAGUGCUUGUGGAAGAGCUGCGGCAAAGUCCUCAGCAGCUCCUCAGGGAUGCAGAAGCACAUCCGAACCGCACACCUGGGCCGCCAAGCCGACCUGGAGCAGAGCGACGGCGAGGAGGACUUCUACUACACGGAGCUGGACGUGGACGUGGACUCGCUGACGGAUGGGCUCUCCAGCCUGACGCCCGUCUCGCCCACCUCCUCCGUGCCGCCCGCCUUCCCCGGCCCCGAGCUGCCUCCUUUCCCCAGCCCUGAGCCUCCUCUGGGUUCCCCCCGCAGCCCCCCGCCGCCCCCGGGCCUCUGCCACGUCCACACUGACCACGCGUACCAGGGCUGCCCGUCGGGACCCACGGCUGGGGAGAAGCGGCCCCCAGGGCCACUUGUGCCCGGGUUCAGGACGCCGGCGCUGCCCACCCCGACGCUGCCGAAGCCACCCGCCGUCCCCAGGUGAGUUGGUGUCACUGUGUCGCCGUCCCCUCCGCCCUUCCCAUCCCCAACGGCGCAGUGACGUCGCGGU